AUGAGCCGCUACGAUAGCCGUUCCUCCGACCCCACUUCCUACCGCGACCGAAGAAGUGACUCGGGGUUAGGUGGCGGAGGAGCUUCUGCUGCUGCGCCUUCGAGUAGAAGAGACUAUGAUGACGGUGGGUCUGGUUCUCCUAAGAAAAUUAAUUUGGAUGGGUUACCUCAUUUUGAGAAAAACUUCUACAAUGAAUCGCCUUCUGUUAGGGCAAUGACUGAGGCUGAAGUUAUUGAGUAUCGGCUACGCCGGGAAAUUACCGUUGAAGGGAAAGAUGUCCCGAAACCUGUUAAAUCCUUUUCUGAUGCUGCUUUUCCAGAAUAUGUACUGGAAGAGGUUAAAAAAGCUGGCUUUGUUGAACCUACACCCAUUCAGUCCCAAGGUUGGCCAAUGGCUUUGAAGGGACGUGAUCUAAUAGGAAUUGCAGAGACAGGAUCAGGGAAGACACUUGCUUAUUUGUUGCCGGCCAUAGUGCAUGUUAAUGCACAGCCAAUUCUAGAUCCCGGGGAUGGUCCUAUUGUGUUAGUUUUGGCUCCAACACGUGAACUUGCCGUACAAAUACAACAAGAGGCUACUAAAUUUGGUGCAUCGUCAAGGAUUAAGAGCACGUGCAUAUAUGGCGGGGUUCCUAAAGGGCCUCAAGUACGCGAUCUUCAGAAAGGCGUUGAAAUUGUUAUCGCCACUCCGGGAAGGUUAAUUGAUAUGCUCGAGUCAAAUCAUACUAAUUUGCGAAGGGUGACAUACCUGGUGUUGGAUGAAGCUGAUAGGAUGUUGGACAUGGGGUUUGAUCCUCAAAUACGGAAAAUUGUCUCUCAGAUUCGUCCAGACCGUCAGACUUUGUACUGGAGUGCUACUUGGCCAAAGGAGGUCGAACAAUUGGCAAGGCAGUUCCUUUACAAUCCAUACAAAGUAAUUAUAGGUUCUGAAGAUUUAAAAGCCAACCAUGCUAUAAAGCAAUACGUUGACAUUGUUCCUGAAAAGCAAAAAUAUGAUAAAUUGGUGAAGUUGUUGGAGGACAUCAUGGAUGGAAGCCGAAUAUUGAUAUUCAUGGAUACUAAAAAAGGGUGUGAUCAGAUUACUAGGCAGCUCCGCAUGGAUGGAUGGCCUGCACUUUCAAUUCAUGGAGACAAAAGUCAAGCAGAAAGAGAUUGGGUGCUUUCAGAGUUUAAAUCUGGAAAGAGUCCUAUAAUGACUGCAACAGAUGUUGCAGCUCGUGGUUUAGAUGUGAAGGAUGUGAAGUACGUGAUAAAUUAUGAUUUCCCGGGAUCACUAGAGGAUUAUGUUCACCGCAUUGGAAGAACUGGGAGAGCUGGUGCAAAAGGAACUGCAUACACAUUCUUCACAGCAGCUAAUGCCAGAUUUGCAAAGGAACUUAUUAGCAUACUUGAAGAAGCUGGACAGAGAGUAAGUUCUGAAUUAGCAGCAAUGGGGCGUGGUGCACCUCCUCCACCUUCAGGGGGCUUCCGAGAUCGUGGGAAGAGUUUUGGCGGCGGUCGCCCAUGGAGCUGA